AUGGCCAAGCAUGCAACGGCGGUGAGGAAGAAAGACGCCACCUCCCAGGUUGCAGCUCACUCGACUGGAUCCAGCCAUAUUUUCAAGUUUGACGAGGCCGAAAUCCUCGCAAGA